CGCGGCCGUUAAAUAUAAAUAAGUUUGUAUUACAAAGCUAGGGCAGUUGAACCGCAGUUACAAAGUCCUGUUAGGCGGUCAUCUCUAAGACGUUGAAAUUGGCGAUAUUAAAUCUGCAAAAUGAGAACUGGAUUUCUUUUUUGUUUUGUUAUUACGACAGUUGUUGCCCAGAGAGAGGGGGGUAGCUACGUUCGAGAUCCUUACCGUUAUGACGUAGCGCCAGAACAUGGAUAUCGAGGCCGUGGUCCCUCCUGUGAGCAGUACUGCAACCUUAUAUAUGAUCCCGUAUGCGCCUCUGGCAAAGUCACAUACAGGAACUUGUGCUUCCUCAGAUGCGACAAACAGAGUUUCGAGUGCUGGGGGAGGUGUCCAUGCCCAAAGUACCUGCCAGACCCCGGGAGCUGCAACUGCCCAGAGAUCUACGAUCCCGUCUGUACGACCGAUAACGAGACAUUUGAUAACGGAUGCCAGGCCGAAUGCGAGGGGCGAAUAGUGGCUUGUGAAGGACCAUGCCCGUGUAGAGGGUAGCAGAACGUCUGCCUUCAUGGCUGGAGCUGCAAUACAGGGGAAGCAUCAUUAAAAGCAGAGCUCACUCUUGUAAUCACCACCUUCUGUGUCAUUCGGAAUACAUUGCAACUCAUUUGUUUCCUUGGGCUUAUAUGCAAAUACAAUUUAUGACUUUAAAAUGUGUGUGUGGUUAUUUUUGAAAGAAAACGUAGCUAAGUCACAUAUAUGUAUACAUGGGCAACGAUAUAUGUAAAACAAGGGCGAGGUUCCUAUCUGUAGAAAUCAAAUAAAACUCAAUAAAAUAG